AUGGCGUCCGCCGACGUCCUCUCCCCAUCCGCGAUGCCGCAGCCACAUCGCCUCACCAACGUGGACACGGUCGAAGGCGUGGACGACGGCGAUGACCAGUACGCCACAUACAAGAAGCUCCAACGACAACUCGAGUACAUCAGGCUGCAAGAGGAAUACAUCAAAGACGAGCAGCGCAGCCUGAAACGCGAGCUCGUGCGCGCCCAGGAGGAAAUCAAACGCAUCCAGAGCGUGCCCCUCGUCAUCGGCCAAUUCAUGGAGGCCAUCGACAACAACACGGGCAUCGUGCAGAGCUCCACCGGCAGCAACUACGUCGUCCGCAUCCUCAGCACCCUCGACCGCGAACUCCUCAAGCCCAACAGCACCGUCGCCCUGCACCGCCACAGCAACAGUCUGGUGGACAUCCUGCCUCCUGAGGCCGACAGCAGUAUUGCUAUGCUGCAGGCGGACGAGAAACCGGAUGUUACAUACGCCGAUGUCGGAGGAUUAGAUAUGCAGAAGCAGGAGAUCCGUGAAGCGGUGGAGUUGCCUUUGACACAGUUUGAUCUGUACAAACAGAUCGGUAUCGACCCACCGCGUGGUGUCCUCCUCUACGGUCCCCCAGGAACAGGCAAGACAAUGUUAGUCAAAGCCGUAGCAAACAGCACAACCGCCUCCUUCAUCCGCGUCGUGGGCUCGGAGUUUGUACAGAAAUAUCUAGGAGAAGGCCCACGAAUGGUCCGUGACGUCUUCCGGAUGGCGCGCGAGAACAGCCCCGCCAUCAUCUUCAUCGAUGAAAUCGACGCCAUUGCGACAAAACGUUUCGAUGCGCAGACGGGUGCGGAUAGGGAGGUACAGCGGAUUUUACUCGAGUUGCUAAACCAAAUGGACGGUUUCGACCAGACCUCCAACGUCAAAGUCAUCAUGGCCACCAACCGCGCCGAUACCCUGGACCCGGCCCUCCUGCGCCCAGGGCGUCUUGACCGCAAGAUCGAGUUCCCGAAUCUUCGCGAUCGCCGCGAACGACGUCUCAUCUUCUCCACCAUCGCGAGCAAGAUGUCGUUGGCGCCGGAGGUGGAUCUGGAUUCUUUGAUCGUGAGGAAUGAUCCGCUGUCCGGGGCGGUCAUAGCCGCGAUCAUGCAGGAGGCCGGGUUGAGGGCUGUGAGGAAGAAUCGGUAUAAUAUUAUCCAGCAGGAUUUGGAGGACGCUUAUACCAGUCAGGUCAAGGGGGCGAGUGAGGCGGAUAAGUUUGAUUUCUACAAGUAG